AUGCUGGAAGGAAUCGAGACGGUGCAAAGGGGCAGGGUACCACCUUCACAGCCCUCGAUGCCAGGGCUACCAGGACAAUUUACCCUUGCGAAUGGUGACGCCGUAGCCUGUGCAAGUUUAAAUGGCCACUCAUAUCUCUCCUCUUAUAUAAGUCUUCUGCUACGAGCUGAGCCCUAUCCGACAACGAGAUAUGGACAGUGUAUGCAACCAAAUAACAUAAUGGGUAUUGACAACAUAUGCGAACUAGCAGCUAGACUGCUGUUCUCCGCCGUAGAAUGGGCAAGGGGUAUACCUUUUUUUCCGGAUCUCACAGUGACUGACCAAGUGGCAUUACUCCGGUUAGUCUGGAGUGAAUUAUUUGUCCUGAAUGCAAGCCAGUGCUCAAUGCCCCUACAUGUUGCACCGUUACUCGCUGCGGCUGGUCUUCAUGCAUCACCAAUGGCAGCUGAUCGAGUUGUUGCUUUUAUGGAUCACAUAAGGAUCUUUCAGGAACAGGUGGAGAAACUAAAAGCUCUUCAUGUGGAUUCCGCUGAGUACAGUUGCCUAAAAGCAAUUGUCCUCUUCACGACUGAUGCCUGUGGUCUGUCAGAUGUAGCACACAUCGAAUCCUUGCAAGAAAAAUCUCAAUGUGCGCUGGAAGAAUACUGCAGAACACAGUAUCCUAAUCAACCAACGAGGUUUGGUAAACUCCUGCUGAGACUACCAUCUCUGCGAACCGUUUCAUCUCAAGUGAUCGAGCAAUUAUUUUUCGUACGGCUUGUCGGUAAAACGCCAAUUGAAACACUCAUCAGAGACAUGCUACUGAGUGGUAGCAGCUUCAACUGGCCCUACAUGUCCACGAUGUGACACUCCGUAUGGCGGCAGCUAGCUUCCGCGUAAACUUAAUUGAAUUCAAAAAUUGUUGGGCUUUACAAAUUCUACUAAAAGCAAGAGAAGAACCCACUGAAUGAUCAUUAAUGACAAACAAAAAUAAAAAUGAAUCUAUUUUUCUUCAAUGCCGGAAGCCAAAAAUUCCAUCUCUAAGGACUCAAUGAAGGUAAUAUUAUAUUUGAGACGGAAACAAGGAGAGCAGAAUGUAAGAAUAUAUAUUGAAUAUGGGUCACGUGUUAUCCCGAGGGAUGAAACCGAAAAAUAAAAGAAACGACAUUCUUUGCAGCGGAGAACAUUUUUCAGUGAAUAAUAGUGUACGAUAUUGUAUAUUUCAUGUGGCAAUGUUACGACCUAAUUACCUAAUAAAAUAGCAAUUGUUUCUUUUAAAAGAAA